ACCGGCGUUGUUUCUUGAAGCCCAAGCCAGCGGGCCCCACCUCUCUUCGGGCAACUUCUAUAAAAAUCGCUGCUCGAAGCCAAUUUCUCAAAUAAAUAAACCCUGAUAAAAAGAGGAAAUCAAUCGAUUUUACUUCAGAUAGGUAUUUGCAGAUCAAUUUUCAGUUGGUUGUUCUACGAGUUUUUGAGCUUCUUCGAUGACGACUCCACUAGUUACAGGCCUCUCAGUUGCAGCAGCUGCCUUAGGUGGUAGAUUCAUGAUUCAGGCAUGGCAAGCAUUUAAAGCUCGUCCAGUUGUUCCCCGGAUGCGAAAAUUUUAUCCUGGAGGGUUUGAGCGGGAAAUGACAAGAAGAGAAGCUGCAUUGAUUCUUGGAGUUAGAGAGCAUGCAGCUAUAGAAAAGAUUAGAGAGGCUCACAGGAGAGUGAUGGUUGCUAACCACCCUGACAGCGGUGGAAGUCAUUACCUUGCUUCCAAGGUCAAUCAGGCAAAAGAUUUAUUGACCGGCAAGUUGAAAGGUGGCUCCUCUGUGUUUUAGGAGCGGCGACAAAAUGGCAUCAUACUGCUGACUAUUUUGAUUCAUUUGAAACCGGAGAACUGGUACGAGUAAUUUCAGAUAUUAUACAAGACUGAUUUUAUUAAUUCUUAUUACAGAAUCUGCAACUUUGUAAUCCGCAAGUCGCUUAUUUUUGUAAUAUCUGGCAAUCUCAUAUAGAAUGUAAAGCCGCAAGUCGCUUAUUUUGUAAUAUAUCUGGCAAUCUCAUUCAAUAAUCUGCAACUUUUAUGACUAUUGGCUUUUGGUCUGUAA